UAGAGGAAAUACUAAAAAUAAUUGCCUUUCAGAUGUGGCUGUCCCUUGUGUAUGUGCUGGUGUUAGUUUACGGUGGCGGUGGAGUUACUAAAACAUCAGGAAUUUCAAAAUUCUGGACGGACGAUUACAAAGUAUUCGAGCAAGUAUAUGGAAAAACAUCAGACCGAGAUCUAUACGGGGCGACCCUGCCAGCCAGCGUGAGUCACAUCGUUGAUAACUCCAAAAAGAAGGUUGCAGCUUCUGAAAAGAAAGAACGGUACAUAGACACCCAGUCUCUAUCCGAUCUAGAAGGUCUAUCUGAUAGUUACGCCAACCAAUACACGAAGGUACCCGACGCAGCGAAGGCACAACCUGCUACGUCUACGUUCAACUUCGUCAGCUAUUCAGAUUUCAAACCGAUCAGCCAGCAAUCAGACCCCGAAACUUACAAUUACUUGAAACACUUAGAACAGUUUGAGAAUGAACAAAAACAGCUUAACGAGCAAAGUAUUGAGUACCCAAAAGGUGUCGGUGGUUUUAAGCCAUACUUAAGCUAUAGUGGUGGCAACCCUGAAGAUUCAGACGCGUAUAAAAGUAUACAAGACAUACUUGACGCUCAUGAAGCAAAUAAAGUUAACAAGAAAUCUAAGUCCAAGAAAAAAGAAGUUGUUGACGAUGAUGACAUUAGCUAUACGUCGAUACAAAAUAGAAGGAAGAAGCCCAAAGUGAGACAGGUUGUCAGCAAUUAUGUGUCAUCUCCCAAAUGUUACUCAGGGAGAUGCAGAAAAAGGAGCAACAAUUUGAGACCUCGAUCACGACCAUACAUCCGGAAAAUAAAAAGGAUUGUCGGUUAUUAAAGAAGAGAAAUUAUUUUGUGAAUUUACAGUGAGAUGUGAAUGGUAAUGAUAAGUUAUUGGCAAAAUAAAAAUUAUAAUGAACGAAAGGAAGGGAGCUAUGGCCGCCUACUCAAUUAGGUACAUCCACUGUAGAAGCUUUUGAGAUUAAAAGUAAUUUAUUGUUAACGUAUGUGUUUUUAUAUUAACUUCAGGGUCAUCGAUUGUAAAUCUUAUAAUAAGAAAUUAUGGGGCAUUUAGAGUAAAGAAAGUAUA